UCUCUCCUCUAUAAAAAAAAGAAACCCACUCUUUCUCCUUCCGAGCCACUCACUAUCCAUUCUAGAAAGAAAGAAAGAAAGCUGAGAGAGAGAUGGAAGGGAAAGAAGAGGAUGUUCGAGUUGGAGCGAACAAGUUCCCAGAGAGGCAACCCAUUGGCACGUCGGCUCAGACCGACAAGGACUACAAGGAGCCACCUCCAGCGCCAUUUUUCGAGCCAGGCGAGCUGAGUUCUUGGUCCUUCUACAGAGCCGGAAUCGCCGAGUUCAUAGCCACCUUCCUGUUUCUUUACAUCACAGUGUUGACGGUGAUGGGAGUGAAGAGAGCUCCAAACAUGUGCGCCUCUGUUGGGAUCCAAGGCAUUGCUUGGGCUUUCGGUGGAAUGAUCUUUGCCCUCGUCUACUGUACUGCUGGAAUCUCUGGUGGGCACAUAAACCCAGCGGUGACGUUCGGUCUGUUCUUAGCUCGUAAACUGUCAUUGACGAGAGCAGUCUUCUACAUCGUGAUGCAAUGUCUGGGAGCCAUCUGCGGCGCUGGAGUUGUCAAAGGCUUCCAGCCAAACCCUUACCAAACCCUCGGCGGCGGAGCCAACACCGUCGCUCACGGCUACACCAAGGGCUCUGGACUCGGCGCUGAGAUCAUCGGCACCUUCGUCCUUGUCUACACCGUCUUCUCCGCCACUGACGCCAAGAGAAGCGCGCGUGACUCCCACGUUCCUAUUUUGGCACCACUGCCAAUAGGGUUCGCUGUGUUCUUGGUUCACUUGGCGACGAUUCCAAUCACCGGAACUGGUAUUAACCCAGCUAGGAGUCUUGGAGCUGCAAUCAUCUACAACAAGGACCACGCUUGGGACGACCACUGGAUCUUCUGGGUUGGACCAUUCAUCGGAGCAGCUCUUGCGGCUCUUUACCACCAACUUGUCAUCAGAGCCAUUCCAUUCAAGACCAGAAGCUGAUUAAUUAAUUUAUUUUUCUAUUAUAAUUUCACCGUUGCUUUAUUAUUAUUACUCUUCGUUUGGUGUAUUAUUUGAGAUCUGGUCCUGUGUUUAUUUUUAAAAAAAUGGAUUUGUCUUUUUGCGUCUUCUUUCUCGGUUAUUUGCUGUGGUUGAUCUUUGCAAAAUUAAUUUGAUCUCGGUUAUUUGCUGUG